AUGGUGACCCAUCCCGAGUCCAGGGAGCCCGGCAGCCUCAGGAAGGUCUCCAAACCAUUGAUGGAGAAAAAGAGAAGAGCCAGGAUCAAUGUGUCCCUGGAACAGCUCAAAACCCUUCUGGAAAAGAAUUACUCCCAGAAUAUUAGAAAACGCAAGUUAGAAAAAGCAGACAUUCUAGAACUUACUGUGAAAUACCUGAAAACCCUGCAGAACUCUAUACAAGCAGGUUCUCCAGUCUUCAGUUCAGAAUAUCAAGCUGGAUUCAGAAACUGUCUGAGCAGUGUGAGCCAGUUCCUGCUAAAGUCUGAGGAGUGUGGUGGACACAUGGGACAACUCUCCCUGGUCAAGGACCAGCCCCUGGUCUUGCAGAUGACUUGUUUCAGCACCAAGGACAGCAACCACAUUUCCAACUCUGCCUCCCCUACUAGAUUCAUCUCCCACCAGAAGACCCCUGCAAAUGUGGCAUACACAAGAAGCAAUGGCAAUGAAAAGAAAAGUAAAGAGUCUUCCAACUUGUGCAUUGUUAAGAUGAAUUCUCAGCUGGUCCUGAACCCUGUGAGUGCCUCUUGUGAGUGUUUCCUGUGA